UGUCCUAAUCUUUGGUCUUUAAUUAGCAUUCACACGAAUCUGUGGCAUACUUUGUGCAUUCCGUCAUUCACUCAUUAAAAGAAGAGACGUGUUGAAGAAUAUAUUUUUAAUUUACAAGAAGCUUAAUAUCUGGAAUAACACAAUUUUCAAGUGCAUUAUUUAUUUUUAUUUGCUUCAUAAUACUUAUGAUUUGCCAUACAAAUGGAAGGGUAUAUAUAUAUAUAUUCCGUGUAUUUAGAUAAACAACAAAUAAGUGUAUAUGUAAAAUAGAAAGUUGAAUGUGAAAAAUGUGUGGAAGAGAAGAAGUCGACAAGGCAAAGAAAUUGUGAUGUCACUAUUGGGCCUCAAUAGUUUCCGAGUUCUAGCAUUUUAUUUAACUUAAUUUGCAAGUAAUUGUGUUGGGAAGUUUUGUUCAUUCAAUAUUGAAGCAAAUUUGUAUUCGUACCUUUGCGUAUUUUAAUCUUUGCACUGUGGCGCUGUGUGUGAAAUUAUAGUUACAGUACUAUUUUAAUAGAAAGGAAAAACAUAGAUCAUAAUAAAAUAACCUGUAAAGAAACGAAUCAAAAAAAAUAAAAAAAAGCUGCAUAUUUUCAUUGCUUCCCGAGAAUGACAAGAGAGCAUUAAGUUUAGAAAGAGUAUUCAAACAACUGCAAAGCGAAAUACGAAGAAAAGAGAAAGAGAAGAGUUAUAAAAAGAAUGUUAAUUAUGCAGAGAAGAGAAAAUUUACAAAAAUAAAUAAAAAUAAACAAAAAAAAAAAAAAACGAGAAUAAGCAUAUCAUAUUAAUCAUUUAAUUAAAGUAACAAUACGUCCAAAUCUGAUUCAAGAAGUUUUAGUAAUAAAAAAGGAAACAUUCCCUCCAAUUACAACGAGAUUCUUACAUUUUAAUGCGACGAGCGAUCAAUAACAAAAAAUCAUUACGAUUCCGCCCACUACAGUUUACCACACCUAUCACUAUUAACUUGUUUUUUUUUUUGUUUAAUAAUGCUAAUUUAAAUAUCAGCGAGGGAAAUACUCACUGUCAACACGCAGAGUUCACAGGAAUUUUUCGGCUUAAGUUUUAAAUUUCUCUUCGUAUUCAUUCAUCCAUCAAAAUAUAAACCUUCCCUUUUGUGCCCGUCCAUCAACAAAGCGAUUACAUAAAAGUAAAAAAAAAAAGAAAAAAUCUUAUCAUCCCUAACGUAUAUGUGCGCUCGUAUUAAGCAUACUAAAUAUACACAUUUAUAAAGUUACCGUUUUGACAUCACACACUACAUUUUUAACUUCAUAGUAUACGUAACGAGCGAUAUCGCAGUCUUCAUUAACAUGUCACUCGAUUCGGGAGCCGGCGGCUUGGCCAAUUUACCUAAAAACGUAGAUGAGUUGCGUUUAGAAGUGGAACGUUUAACACGCGAACUUGAUCAGGCGACCAGUGAACGCGCACAGUCCGCCCAGUAUGGUCUUUCUUUAUUGGAGGAGAAGUCGGGUCUCGCACAAAAAGUGGAAGAAUUGGAGACUUUAUACGAGAAUGCAAAACAUGAGUUGGAAAUAACACAAGAGGCACUUACUAAAUAUCAAACAUCUCAGAAAGUCACCACAAAAACUGGCAUUGAACAAGAAGAGACUUUGCUGAAUGAGUCGGCCGCUCGUGAAACGUCUCUUAACCUGCAAAUACUUGAUUUAGAAAACGAAGUGAAACAGCUGCGUCACGAACUUGAACGCGUACGCAAUGAACGCGAUCGCAUGCUGCAAGAGAAUUCAGAUAUUGGCCGGGACAAAUCGGAUAAUGAAGCUGAAAGACUACGACUUAAGGCCGAGUUGAAAGAGUUAAAAUUUCGUGAGACGCGCAUGUUAACCGAAUAUUCAGAAUUAGAAGAAGAGAAUAUAUCACUGCAAAAGCAAGUGUCCAGCCUAAGAAGUUCCCAGGUUGAAUUUGAAGGUGCUAAACAUGAGAUACGGCGUUUAACGGAGGAGUUGGAGCUAUUAAAUCAGCAGGUCGAUGAAUUAGCUAAUUUAAGGAAAAUUGCCGAAAAACAAAUGGAAGAAGCUUUGGAAGCUUUGCAAGGUGAACGUGAAGCUAAAUAUGCUCUUAAAAAAGAAUUUGACAGUCACCUGAAUCGUGAGUCGAUGUACCAUAUUAGCAACUUAGCUUACAAUAUACGCAAUAAUAUUGAUGACAACACUAGUGCUAACAGCGACGGUGAAGAGGAAAACCUCGCUUUGAAGCGUAUCGAGGCCGAUUUAACAACUGAAUUAAAGUCCCCGGACGGUACCAAGUGCGAUUUGUUUUCCGAAAUCCAUUUGAACGAAUUAAAGAAAUUAGAAAAGCAAUUGGAAUCGAUGGAAAAUGAAAAAACUAAUUUAACCGCCAACCUGCGAGAAGCUCAAUCUAAUUUGGACCGGUCUCAAAAUGAACUGCAAAAUUUUAUGGCUCGUUUAGCUGUAUUAACCGCGCAUGUCGAUUCAUUGGUCCAAUUAAAGAAACAAUACGAUAAUAGGGAGGAUCCUCAGGAAGCAAUUAAACGUCAGCAGAACGAAGAGAAUCUUAAACAAAAGCUGCGCGAUUGUCUUGGCCAAUAUAUAAAUUGGUUCACUUUAGCAUCUAAAGAAAUUGAUGGUCUCAAAACUGAUUUGACUGAAUUACAGAAAGGUCUUAAUUACACAGAUGCCAUGACAUCGCUGCGUAAUGAAGUCUCAAAUUUGAAAAAUAAACUAUUAUCCACAGAACAGAAAUCGCUCGAUCUACGGAGCGAUGUCCAAACAUUGACAAAUAUUUCACGUAAUGCUGGCCAAAGUUUAGGCUCAGCACGGUCGACGUUGGUUGCAUUGAGCGAUGAUUUGGCCCAAUUAUACCAUUUAGUGUGUACGGUUAAUGGUGAGAUGCCCGCCAGAGUUCUAUUGGACCAUAAAAGCGAUGAUAUGAGCUUUGAAAAUGAUUCACUGACUGCUAUACAAUCACAGUUUAAGUCGGACGUUUUCAUAGCGCGACCGCAAAUUGUUGAGGAUCUGCAAGGUCUGGCUGACUCGGUAGAAAUCAAGAAAUAUGUUGAUACUGUCAAUGAUCAGAUUAAAUAUUUAAAGACUGCUGUAGAGCAUACAAUUGAACUGAAUAAGAACAAAGUUCGCGGCAAUGUUAGUGAAGAUGAUAAGUAUAAUCGCGAAGAAAUUGAAGAAUUGCAAGAGCAAAUUAUUAAACUGAAGAGUCUCUUGUCUACCAAACGUGAACAAAUAGCAACGUUGCGCACAGUUCUGAAGUCAAAUAAACAAACGGCGGAAGUGGCUCUCACAAAUCUCAAAUCCAAGUACGAAAACGAGAAAAUGGUUGUCAGUGAGACAAUGUCUAAAUUAAGGAACGAGUUGAAGAUACUUAAAGAAGACGCUGCAACCUUUUCAAGUUUACGCGCAAUGUUUGCCGCGCGCUGUGAAGAAUAUGUCACUCAAGUGGAUGACCUUAAUCGGCAAUUAGAGGCGGCUGAAGAAGAGAAAAAGACUCUGAAUCAAUUGCUUCGGUUGGCCGUACAGCAAAAACUGAAUUUAACGCAAAAGUUGGAAGAAAUCGAAAUGGAUAGAGAGAUGCGGCAUGCGCGUCGUCCAAUGCCAGCGCAACGAGGCACCGGCGGUAAAUCGUCACUCUCAUCGAGGCCAUCGGCACGAAACGCAGCGAGUAACAAUCAAAAUACCUUCUAACAUAAAAUCAGCGUACAGCGUAAGCUUCUAGCUUUAGUGUAUACAUUGCUUAAGUUGUAAAUCAUAAAAAAAAACCCUAAAAAAAGAAAUUUAUAUUUAUUUUAUUUUUUAAUCUGAGGUAUUACGUUGGUUUCUGGGUAUCAGUAUAAGUAUUCAAAAUUUGCUAAAACAUACAGUUUAUAGUUUACUAUUAGAUGAAAAUUUUGUUUACCGGAUCAUAGCGUAUGAAUGGGCAAUGAAAAGGCUUUUAUUUUUGUGUUAAAAAUUUACCUAAACCUGUUGUUUCUAUUUAAUUAUUUAUUAUAAAAAAAAAAAAAAUUAUUAUUGUGUUUGUGAAUAAUUAAUUUAAAGUUGAAAGGAAAGUAUUUUUUGGCUUCGUAUUAUUAUUGAAAAAGAAAUCAUUAUAAUAAUAACAAUGAUAAUAGUAAAAAUAUGGAAAUAAUAUAAAACGGUUUGUUACUUAAACGUAUGCUUAAGUCUAUUCGUUACGAAUCGAAAUGCAAGGGAAACGGGUGGGAUAAUGAAUACAAGAAUGUAUGUUAAAAAGUCAUCACUAUUUUAUUUAAUUAGAAUAAAUAAUAAAUAAUGUAUUAAAAUCAUAAGUUUAAAAAAUAUGGGUUUGUGAAAUGAAUUUUCUUAAAAUAAAAGAAAUAGAAAAAGCUAAUAACUAACGUGUGAAUUCAAAAAUCUCUUGAAAAAAUUUUUAUACUAGUUAUUUUUAAAUUUAUUAGAAAGAUUGAAUAUACUUUUCUUCUUCUUUUUCAAAAUUGUCAAAUUUAACCAAAAAGUUGUAGAAAACCGUUUUGUCAAAACAAGUAACAGUAUCACUAUUUUAUGUGCAUUAGAGUAGCUAACCAAGUGUGUGCAUAGAAAAUAAAUUAUAUGAAUUACUCCGACUUUUUUAUAAUUUAAUAAACAGACUUAGAGUAUACAUUAAUUAGUCAGAUAAAAUAUUUGAAAGAAAACCAAAAAAAAAAAAAAAAAAAA